AUUAAGGCGAGACGCUAUUUCUACGGUGGUGGGGGCGUCGUUACCUCAGCUUCUCCUCCACUUCAUGGUUCAGCGUCUCAUUUCGAUGCCUCCCUCCUAUUUAUAUACUCCAGGAGGAGCCGAAUCGAGGUCGCCACUUUAAGCCCAAAGAGGUCCACUCUUAUUUUUUGACUCCGGACGUUCUGAAGAAAGUACAGGGAUUCCGACGAUGGCAGCAGCGGCCUCCGCUUCCACCGGCCUCAUCCUGCCGUCCUUGCACGUGCUGCUGCUGCUGACAAGCGUGAGCCUCACGCGUGCACAGCUGCCCGGCACGUGGGAGGUGCUGGUCGAGGAUGCGGGCAUCGCCUCCAUGCACACGGCUGUCACCCGGUUCGGCACGGUCGUCCUCCUGGACCGGACCGACAUCGGGCCUUCCCGGUCCCCCCUCCCCAAGGGCCACUGCCGCCGCGACCCCACCGACCGCGCCCUCCCCGUCGGCGACUGCACCGCCCACUCCGCCCUCCUCGACCCCGCCACUCGCCGGCUCCGACCCCUCUCCAUCCUCACCGACACCUGGUGUUCCUCCGGCCAGUUUCUCCCCGACGGCACCCUCCUCCAGAGUGGCGGCGACCUCGACGGCUUCCGCAAGCUCCGCACCAUCUCUCCCUGCUCCCUCGACGACCGGAGCCCCUGCGACUGGCUCGAGCUCCCCUCCCCCCUCCUCGCCGCUGGCCGCUGGUACGCCACCAACCAGAUCCUCCCCGAUGGUUCCGUCGUCGUCGUCGGCGGCCGCGCCGCCCCCUCCGUCGAGUUUUAUCCGCCGGAUCGUCCCCUCCGCCCCUUCCCCUUCCUCGCCGCAGCCUCGGACCCCCAGAUGGACAACCUUUACCCCUUCGUCCACCUCCUUCCCGAUGGCCACCUCUUUGUCUUCGCGAACGCCCGCUCCGUCCUCUACGACCCGGACUCCGGCGACGUUCUCCUCGAGUACCCCGUCCUCGACGGUGGGCCCCGCAACUAUCCCUCCGCCGGCUCCUCCGCCAUGCUCCCCCUAGACCCAGCGGACGGCUACGCCAGGGCCGAGGUCGUGGUCUGCGGCGGAGCCCAGUACGGGGCCUUUCUCCACCGGGAUGUCGACAUGCCCGCCGGGGUUACGUGCGGCCGGCUCGUGGCAACCGACACGGACCCGGCAUGGGCCAUGGAGGAGAUGCCGUUCCCGAGGAUCAUGGGCGAUAUGGUGAUGCUGCCCACGGGGGAGGUCCUCAUCAUCAACGGCGCGCAAGCCGGCUCUCAGGGCUUCGAGUUGGCCUCCAGACCGUGCCUGAACCCGGUCCUUUAUCGGCCCAACGAACCGGACGGCUUAAGGUUCAUGACGCUGACCCCGACCGAGAUCUCUCGGAUGUACCACUCCACGGCCAACCUCCUGCCGGACGGGCGGGUCCUGGUGGCGGGAAGCAACCCCCACUACUUCUACCGCUUCGAAGGCGAAUUCCCGACGGAGCUCCGGGUGGAGGCGUUCUCGCCGGAGUAUCUGUCGCCGGAUAAGGCCAGCCUCCGGCCGGGGAUCGAGGCGGCGCCGGACAAGGUGGGUUACGGGGAGGGGUUCGAGUUGGAGAUAGAGGUGGCGCUGCCGGUAGUGGGGGUGGUGGAGGCGAACCUCCUAAGCGCGCCCUUCGCAACCCACUCGUUCUCGCAGGGGCAGAGGAUGGUGAGGCUGUCCGUUUCGCCGCCGGUGGACGUGGCAAGUGGUGGGGGAGAUGGGGCACCGUAUCGGUACCGCAUUGUUUGCACGGCACCGCCGAACGGGAGGGUGGCGCCACCGGGGUAUUACAUGGCGUUCGCAGUUAACCAGGGCGUGCCGAGUGCGGCCCGGUGGGUCCAGCUGGCGCUCUAAAUCAAGGAGCUCAAGCAGCAAGAAGCUGAAAAAGAAGACAAAGCAACCGCUCUCGUUUCAUUAUUGCGGAUAAUAAUAAAAUUUGAUUAUUUUUAAGCAAGUUUUCAAAUCCCCGGGGCCCUGCAAAGCUUUCCAGAAGAAGUGUUGGAGUACCAUAAAAGAUUCCUGAGUCAAGUAACCAAUUAUUUUAUUGAAUUAACACUGUGUUCGGAGCAUGUGAUAGGAUGGAGGGAAUCGAUUCAUUCUGAAGCUGUGAGCUUAAUAGAGCAGAGAAAAGGUUAAAGGAGGCAUAGUGUCGUCUUUAUAAAGGUGCAAUAUUUUCAUCGGGGAAUCAAUGAUGGAGGGUAAUGCUGUCGAUAGAUGGUUGGUGACCAGUCAAGUGGAGAAAAGCAAGGGAGGUUUGGUCACCCUAAGAAGCGUUCGUUAAUAUAGUUAUAUAUGAUUUUCACAUGCACUGCCUUCGCGUGCAUUAGAAUAAUGGGGGGAUGGAUCAGCCCAGCCCUUUUCAGCUGGCUACCAAUGCCAUCAAUUGUUGGCCUCUAAAGGUUCUCAAUAUCGGACUUUUCUUUAUGGAAUCACCUUUGUGGCUCAGCAAUGAUGGAUUAGUGGAGGCAAAGACAGCAGGGGGCGUUCCCUGGCCCCCCCGACUCAUAAAAUGGAGGACCAACCUCGAAUUAAUUGUCCGCCAAGCAAUGAUCACAUCAGCACUAGAGCUAUAAAUCUAUAUGUUAUUUUGUGGCC